AUGGCGUCGCUUCUUCACGACGCAAUCCUCGCGACCCUCUUCCUCUCCGUCUUCCUCUUGCCCGCCUACUUCUUCCUGCCCACGUUCUUGCGACCUCUCAUCGAGUCGUCACGCGCCCUCGCGAAAUCGCUCGCCUUCGUUCUCCUCGCGGCCCUCCUCUUCCUCCUCGUUCUUGUCGCCGCUCUGGUCGGCGAGAAGGCGUACCGUCGAUGGGUACUGGGCGUACGUCCACCUACAGAGGCGGAUCGAGUCGGUGCAGUCGGGCCGGACGCGAGUCCUGAGGAGCGCAGGCGUGCGAAACGCUUCUCGCGCGAGUCGAAGAUGGACGCGGUGGCGGAGAAGGUCAUCGACAAGCUCGAGGCGAGUAGCGUCGGCAAGUUGCUCAGAAGGAAGGGCAAGGGAAAAGUGUCCAGGUCGGGAGACGUCGAGUUGAAGGACCUGCGAGGUUCGGCCGCCGCGACAACGGCGAGGAGGCGCACGCCGCCGCCUCCGCCUCCCUUGCCACCGCGGGCCUGA